CAUUUCAUCAACAUCAAUUCUCAGUUUUAUCUCGUCUUGUUCAAAGACAUGGCAAGAUUAGGCUUUUUCGUACUAGUUUUCUCCUUCGUGUUUUACUUGGCUGGCAUAGCUGCAUCUGCUUCUACGACAGCUUUAACCCCAAGGGAGUACAUCGUUGCAUCCUGCAAAGCCACAAGGUAUCCUGCGUUAUGCGUUGAAUACCUGUCAGGUUAUGCCAACGCGAUUCGAAAAAAUGAGCAACACCUGGCUCAAACUGCCUUAUCAGUCAGCCUAUCCGGGGCUCAAUCAGCUGCAGCUUAUGUUGCCAAGAUGACUCAUGUGAGGGGCAUCAAGCCUAGAGAGCGUCAAGCAGUGAAAGACUGUAUAGAGAACAUGGGUGAUACAGUGGACCGACUUAGCCAAUCAGUGAAGGAGCUCAGCCAUAUGGGACGAGCUGGAGGUGAGGGUUUCAUGUUGCACAUGAGCAACGUGCAGACAUGGGUCAGCGCUGCACUUACCGAUGAGAAUACUUGCCUUGAUGGCUUCGCAGGCAGAGUCAUGGAUGGAAACGUCAAAGUUGCAGUGAGGCGCAGGGUUGUCCAUGUCGCUCAAGUUACUAGCAAUGCUCUUGCAUUAGUGAAUCGCUAUGCUGCAAGACACCGAGCUGCUAUAUCUACUGAGAAGCCUUAGUUUCAACCUUAAAAAAAUCUCCGGUUUAUGUAAAAAAACUGCUCUGUUUUCCAAAAGUAAGGGUUAUACCUGUCAGGGUUUUGUCUAAAAGGAUCUAGGGCCUGCUUGAAUUACAUGUAACUAUAUCAUAUAAUGAAUCCAAGUGUGUGCUAAUGAGACCUCCUUGCCUUGUAUGAUAGUGAAGUAAUUAAGUAUAAUGGAAUAAUAUGCUACUUCUGGUUCAGCAACCAA